UGACAGUGUACGCACUUGCUGGCGUAGACCAAGAUAUCCAAUCGCAACUGUCGACCAUUCAUGUCCCAAUUGUCGACUUUUUCCAACGUAGGAAUUCCGUCGAAAUUGCGAUACGUCAAUUUGUCCGAGGCCUGCAAGUGUCGACCGCACGGUGUCUUUCUUUAGGAAGCAUAACAAAUCGAUGGUUAUCGAACGUAAAACAAGCUGUGGCCUACGCUUCGCGGCAGGACACUGUGUGGUCGAUACUUGCGAGUGUCGGGCUGUAUAGCCUGCGCCUGCAAGUGUGUACUUGUCCUAACUUCGAUUAGCACUGUAGCCAAAGGCUGCUUUAGAAAUUAAACUGAAGAAAGAAAAACCAGCAGUCCUGAGUCCGCCACACUGGGCUCGGCUCGGUGCUCCGCCCUGCUCGGUGUCGAACGGACUCAAGGAAUUUGCGCCCCUGGAGUGGCGUAAAUCGUUAAUGCCUUUUGGAAGGGCAUCAAAAUUAAGCUUUAAAUUCUUAUACCAUUUACGCCCUUCCCAAGGGAUUAAAACGAUUUAUGCCCUUUGAAGGGCGUAAAAGAGUAUUUAUGCCCUAAAGGGCGUAAGUUUUCAGCCGUUGUUUUACCAGUAGACCUGCACACUCUCAUUCCAUGAACGUGACAUCACGUUGAAACGCACGUGACAUUUCGCAAGCUUGACUGUUGCCACGUCUCUUACUGGUGAAGCGCGGCGCGGAUAUUGUCCUUCGCCUUCAGUGCCUGGCCUUCACGGCAGAAAAACGGUAGCGGGUCCUCCCAGGCAGCUAAGAAAUAUGCGAUUUCCAGGGGGUUCCUGGGAAAACCAGUAACCGUUUUUGCCGUGAAAGUAGCGUGGGGUGUAUUUUCGUCUGUUUCCAGUGUAAAGCUCAAGGACAGUAGGAAAUGGCCGCAACAGCCCCGGAGUCGGCAGGGCCACUGUCCGCCCACCUGCUGUGGUGGGCGUACGACGUGACGCCCAACGAGCACCGCACUCGCUUCCACAGGCAGGUGGCCUGGCUGCGUUCCUCCACGAUCACCAUGGUGCUCGUGAUGGCCGUCUUCAUCUUCAUCUUGUGGGAGCUAGCCUCGGAGCCAGUGAUUUACGGAAAGUUUGCGCGGUACACCGCGGGGAGCGUCUCGUGCAUCCAGGCCAAGCUCAUCUACCGGUACCGCUGGCGGCAACUCAGAGACUUCUACUUACAUGCCGCUCGUAUAGCCACGACUCUCGAGCGCAGCUGUGACCCCGAGGCCCGCGUACGUCUCGACAGAACAGCCCGGUACUGCACCAGAGUCGUGAAAUUGUUCCAGUUUUUCUGUGUGGUCACUGUUGUACCCUCAUGUAUAGACGAUUACAAUGGAUUGAGGUGGGACACACUCCUUGCUCUCUUGUUGGUGCGAGUGUUCAACAUCUCUGAGGUAUCAGAUUUGAAUUCGUCGAAACGGCCCACACUGAUCGCUUCUAGAAGCUGAGACCAUAACGUUUUCAAAAUGAAGCAGACUUGGAGACCAGAGCCAUUCAAACAGCACAUUUUAGCUGAAUAUUUUCAAGGUCAACAGUGAAGUGUACAGAGCCGGCAUGCAAAUCUCCAGCUCAGCCCGUGUCAAAUAGUUGGCGAAGGAAAGAAACAUUUUUGUCGUAUCCCCAAAACCGGGGUACCACUGAACUACCUCAUUCCGUGUUUCGU